AUGUCCGAGGACGACCUCCCCUACCACGUGCGCGUCACCGCCCACGGCGACCUCGAGACCGUCGGGCGCCACGACUUCGGCGGGCAGCUCGACACCGCCAUGAUCGCGCACCCCAAGCUGGACCCGGCCACCGGAGAGCUCUUCGCGCGCAGCUACAAUGUCGUGUCCAAGACGUUCCUCAAGCACUUCUACAUCACCGCCGACGGCUGCAAGUCCCCCGACAUCGAGAUCCCCGUCACCGAGAACCACGCCAUCAUCCCGGACCAGCAGAUCGUGUUCAAGCUCCAGGAGAUGGUGCUGGGCGGCUGGCUCCCCCGGGGUGUACGACAGGAACAAGACCGCGCGGUUCGGGGUGCUGCCGAAGCGCGCCACCGACGUCCUGCAGCUGCAGUGUGUUGUCAGAGCGCGCUUCCAGUUGUGAGCGUCCCGGCAGUGCAGCUCAAUUGGAGAAUGAAGGCACGUACAGGUAGCUCACAGUUUGAAGGUCUGGUCACUGGGAUCAUGGGAUACUACUACAUGGUAGGGCCAGUCACGGCAGCUGGCUUCUUUUUCUUCUCCACUGUACUUCUCGGGGUCUAUCUGAUGAUGGUCAUAGCGAUGAGAGCAGUAUCUCCACCCCAUGCCGCCUGCCUCGCCAUGGUGCUCAUGCUGCUCCUACUACUCACUGUUAUCACCGCCUCCGUCUCAUUUGUUUGCCACUCAGUUACCAAUCCACAGGCUGUAAAGUAG